CCGCCGAUAAACCCCACCGAAGAAGACAGGACAAGAAACAGCGGAGAGAGCAGGUUGUAAUAAUCGUCAUUUUUGAAUGGUGUAAAUUAAUAAUGGUAGCUGUCUAAUUUGAAAGAAAAACGGAUAACUGGCAAGUUUGUUGGAUAGGAAAGUUGGUUGACAUAGGUAGUGACACAAGCUAACAGGAUUUGGCGACUGGCAGUGACACAAGCUAACAGACUUUGGCGACAGAGGCAACCUUUAGCGUCUAAGUUAACCAGUCUGCUAGCUAUGAGCUAUCUUGAAGACAAAACCAUGCUCAGUUGAUAACCGCCAUAGAUUGUUAUCUAGCUAGCCAGAGUAGAGACACGAUCAAAGCUAUCCUUAACACGAAAUAUAUGUUUUUGUCAACUGUUCAUUGACGUUGGCCAGGUAACGUUAGCUUUCGUUGUCCUAGUGAGCCCCAGCCAAUGGCCAUUGUUAUAUUGACAAGGCAAGUCACUGAAUAAUUUAUUGGGGCAAAAUGAACUCCGACGAGGCAGCAGCUCCAAAACCUGUCACCGAUGAUGAUGGCAUGUCAUGGUGGUAUCGAUGGCUCUGCAAAAUCGCUGGGGUCCUGGGCGGUGUAUCAUGUGCCAUCUCAGGAGUGUGGAUGUGUGUCACUGUCAACCCCUUAAACAUCGCAGCUGGAGUAUGGAUGGUGUUGAAUGCCUUUGUGUUGUUCCUGUGUGAAGUCCCAUUCUGCUGCCAGUUCAUUGAGUUUGCGAAUGCAGUGGCGGCUAGAGCGGACAAAUUCAAGCCAUGGCAGAAAGCCUUCUUCUAUUGUGGGAUGGCACUGUUUCCCAUAUUUCUGAGCUUCUCCAUCACCACGUUGUUUGGGAAUGCCAUUGCCUUUGCUACAGGUGUCCUCUAUGGUCUCGCCUCCCUGGGCAAAAAGGGCGAUGCGGUGAGUUACGCCAGGCUGAAUCACGAGAAACAGGGGGAUGAGGAGAAGAUGACCGGGACGACUGACGGGUCAAUAUAGUGAGAUGGCUAUCCCAUCAUCCCUUUAUCUGUUCCCACAGAGGAACAACACUAUCCUUAACCAAGGGACAAUGAUGUCAUCCCUGCUACUCUCCUCCCUCUCAGUUACUGAGUUUAUUUAUUUACCUAAAUGGCUGCAUCUUUGAUGUCUUACUUGGUGUAAUUUUUCCAUAUAUAUUUAAUGUUGUUUGGUCCUUAGUGUGAAUUUAGUUUUCCAUGACAUUUUAACAUAAAGGUUUAGCUGCUGUGCUGUUUUUGUUUUCCUGGUUACUGGGGUUACCCUUUUUGGCAAGUAGGAAAAGUUAUGUACCCUCUUAGCCAAUCCGCCUUUCAAGAAACCUGGGCGAUAGUGAAUGUGAAAGCUUUGUUUUUGUGAAGUCAUUUCCCCAAAUCAUGUUAUUCUCAUUGUGCCGCCGGAAAUUCAUCCAUUGAGAGUUAUCCCAAACGUAUAUCCAUUCCAUCCAGUAAACCCAAAGAUAACAAGUCCUCUUUUUGUUUAAUAUCCGUUACUUGCGAUAUACAAUGGAUGUUUAGGUUUAAUGUACCUACAGAGGACCUCGGACACGGAACUAUGAUGUAACCGUGAAUCACAACGUCUUUCAGUGCAUGUAUAAAAAGAGCUAUUUUCUCAGCAUUCUAAAAAUGUGCAUCUAAUCAAACAGCUGCAUGUUGCGUGUGUCUUGAGAAAACCAGAUUAAGAAUGUGAGUUGAAUAGCUAUGCUGCUUUAGCACCUCUUAACCUUUCAAAAGCUAUUGGUGUUCUCUUCUAGAACCUGAUUGAUCUAUGCCACCUCAGAAUGUUUGUGACCCUACAUACAGUAGUGGGAUCUGCCCCAUGGAAGCAUGCUUUAAAGGACUGAUGAGGGAAUGCGUCUUGAUUCAGGGACUAUUUCGUGUGUAACACACAGAGCCAUGAUUUGCCUUUGUCUAACCUCUGAUCACAGGUACUAAUGUGUUGUUCAGCAACAUGCUACCGUUGGGAUUAUUUCCCACUUUAGCUCUGGAUUGGAAAUAAUUUAGUUACUCAUUGAAAUGGUCACCCACAACCAGUUCUCAGGUAGGCCUAUUUUGUUUCCUAGAUACUGGAUAACUAGCUAACAUGCUAUUGCAGGUCACUUUAACCAAUGCAAAAGGUACUAUCCACAUGAACCAGCUUUUGUAAAAAAAAACGAAUGAAACACUGAAGGAACACCAGCGAUAAUCUCACUAAGGCAUACAAUAUAAAUACUAUUUAGGCUUAAGUUCAUUAAUAUGCAACAUAAGCAUGUUAGCAGCUGUCUAAUGUAAGCUUCACUGUUACCUUCCCUGACACAGAAAGCAACUGGGGAAGAGCUAGAAAUUGGGUUGACUACAUGUUUCAUGCAUUAAACCAGAGGUCUCUAUUGCCCAUAUACAGGAGGGACACUAAUCCUUAGUUUAUCAUGAUCUCUAGGCACAGAAGUUCUUCAUGCCUACACUAUACAGCACAGCUACACAAUAUUAUUAUGGAACAAUGGGCUCAAAAAAGGGAAGCGUUAAUCUUAAACGUCAACAGGUUGCCCGUGCAGUAGAAAUGAUAACUGACCUGUAGUUUGCUGUAAGGAGUGUGUGCAUAUGCUUCUGUGUAUUGAUGUUGAAUUUGGUUUGUCGCUUAUUUAUGUCACAAUGAACUGGAACUUCAAAGGAGGCCACAAACUCAGUUGCUUAUUAUAUGGUACUCUCCCCAUCUGACAAAAAAAUAAAAACAUUCUGCCUUUUAAAACAA